CUUUUGCACUGACCCGCUCGGCCCCACUCAAGUCAGGAGGACUCUGGACUCACAGCAUGGGACUCACACAGGACCCCGUCUUCCACAGGCUGCAGGAAUGGUACACGGCCCACGCCUUGAACCUCAACAUGAGGCACAUGUUUGAUGCCGACGCAGAGAGAUUCAACAAAUUCAGCCUCAACCUGCAGACGGAAGACGGUGACAUCCUCCUGGAUUACUCCAAGAACCUCAUCACCGAUGAAGUCAUGAAGCUGCUGGUGGACCUGGCCAAAUCCCGAGGCAUGGAGGCGGCCAGGGAGAAGAUGUUCACCGGAGAGAAGAUCAACUUCACUGAGGGUCGAGCAGUGCUUCACGUGGCGUUGAGGAACCGCUCCAACACUCCCAUCAUGGUGGACGGCAAAGACGUGAUGCCGGAGGUCAAUAAAGUUUUGGACAAGAUGAAGGAUUUCUGUCAUAGAGUUCGUAGCGGUCAAUGGAAGGGCUACACGGGAAAAGCCAUCACAGACGUCGUUAACAUCGGAAUAGGAGGAUCUGACCUUGGCCCCCUGAUGGUGACUGAGGCCCUGAAGCCCUACUCCAAGGACGGGCCGCAAGUGUGCUUCGUGUCCAACAUUGACGGGACGCACAUCGCAAAGACGCUGGCGCACCUCGACCCUGAGACCACGCUCUUCAUCAUCGCGUCCAAGACAUUCACCACCCAGGAGACCAUCACCAACGCCGAGUCGGCCAAAGAAUGGUUCCUGGAGCGUGCCAAAGACAAACAUGCCGUGGCCAAACAUUUCGUGGCUCUGUCCACCAACGGCCCCAAAGUGAAAGACUUCGGCAUCGACACAGACAACAUGUUUGAGUUCUGGGACUGGGUCGGAGGUCGCUUCUCCUUGUGGUCGGCAAUUGGCAUGGCCAUCGCCCUGCACAUCGGGUUCGACAACUUUGAGAAGCUUCUUUCAGGCGCUCACUGGAUGGACAACCACUUCCGCACGGCUCCUCUGGAUAGAAAUGCUCCGGUGCUGCUGGCCCUGCUGGGCAUCUGGUACAUCAACUUCUUCCACACGGAGACCCACGCCAUGCUGCCCUAUGACCAGUACAUGCACCGCUUUGCCGCCUACUUUCAGCAGGGGGACAUGGAGUCCAAUGGCAAGUAUGUGACCAAACACGGCACUCGGGUCAACCACCACACCGGGCCCAUCGUGUGGGGGGAGCCUGGCACCAACGGCCAGCAUGCCUUCUACCAGCUCAUCCAUCAAGGAACGCGCAUGGUGCCGUCAGACUUCCUCAUCCCGGCCCAGUCUCAGCACCCUAUCAGGGACAACCUGCACCACAAGAUCCUGCUGGCAAACUUCCUGGCCCAGACGGAGGCCCUCAUGAGGGGUAAGACCACCGAGGAGGCCCGCAAGGAGCUGGAGGCCAGCGGCCUGAGUGGGGAGGCUCUGGAAAAGAUCCUUCCACAUAAAGUGUUCCAAGGAAACAGACCCACCAACUCCAUCAUCUUCAAGAAACUCACCCCCUACACACUGGGUGCCCUCAUAGCCAUGUACGAGCACAAGAUCUUCAUCCAGGGUCUGAUGUGGGAGAUUAACAGUUUUGACCAGUGGGGAGUGGAACUGGGCAAACAGUUGGCAAAGAAGAUCGAAACCGAGCUGAAGGACGCCGCCGAGGUCCACUCCCACGACGCCUCCACCAACGGACUGAUCAACUUCCUCAAAAAGAACUUUGCCUGAGCUUCACACCCAUCACGAUAUACAUCACUUUGUCUGUUGGUUUGUCUUCUUUGCAACGGUCACUUUUCACUUUUGUGUGGCUGUGGGUCCGAGUUCACUGGCGCUUUCAAAAAAACCCAUCAAGUCACACCUCAUAUUAAAGGCCACGGCGAAGGCUUUCCAGAUUGGUAAUGAUUUUGUCAAUAUGUCCUCAUAUGGUGACACAGUGACACCAAAACAUCAACUCUAAAUCUGCACUCACUAGUUAUACUCACAAGAUAAAAAAAGUCCCAUCCCAUCUAGUCAUACUUUAUGUUAGAGGUCACGAUGAGAGCUUUACAGAUUUGUAAUUAUUUUGUCCAUGUGUGGUAAUAUGAUGAAGCAAUCACUGAAAAACACCUCACAAUGACAACAAAACAUCGCCUCUAAAUCUGCACUCACUAGUUGUAGUAACAAGGUAAAAAAAAAAUCCAUUUUCAUCAAACCCCAUCAUGUCAUAUGUCAUGUUAAAGGUCAAGAUGAGCGCUUUCCAGAUCUGUUAUUAUUUUGUCAAUAUAUCCUCAUACGGCGACACAAUGACAACAAAACAUUGUCUCUAAAUCUGCACGCCCUAGUUGUAGCAACAAGGUAAAAAAAUGCAUUUUCAUCAAACCCCAUCAUGUUAUAUGUCAUGUUAAAGGUCAUGAUUAGGGCUUUCCAGAUGUGUAAUUACUUUCCCAAUACAGUAUGUUGUCAUACGAUGACAAAAUUACUACUAACACAUUCACUCUUUAUUAAAGCCACAAAUUUGCACUAAAUAGUUAUAGUAAGGGAAAAACACAUCGAUUUU